GAGUUGUCGUUUGUCAGUCUCUGCGUGGUCUCUGCCUUGUUUUUGUUUGUCCCUGUGUCGCUAUAUAAUGGAAAUCUCAUCGCUCUAAAUAUCGCUAAUAAAGUAUUAAAAUAAACAACAAAAAUCUCAAACAAUACUCAAAAUGGAAGUCGACAACUUAUCAAGACAGGUUGAAGAAAUUGAAGCUUUAAAAUCUAUUUACACAGAAGAAUUGACUAUAGAUAGUGAAAUUACAAGGUCUUAUACUAUUAGAAUUGAAGAAAAUAAGAAAGAAGUGCUUCUUUACGUGACAUUACCAGAAGAUUACCCGUCGAUUUCUCCACCGAAAUUCGAAUUGUCUGCACCGUGGAUGGACAGACAAACCAAAACGAAUCUUCACAAAACCUUGCACGAAAUAUACUUGGAUAAUGUUGGUGAGACUGUGAUAUUUCAAUGGGUCGAGAUGAUAAGGGAAGUGCUACAAACCGUAUGCAAAGUAGAAAAAAAAAUUGAAGUCACGGAACCUGAAGUCGACAGUUUGGAUCUCACUACGAUAGAAAUAAACUGCCCUGAAAUUACACAUGGUGAAAUCAUAGCAGACAGGAAGAGCAUAUUCCAAGGACAUGCAGCUGAAGUACACAGUAUAGAUGAUGUAAAAGCUGUACUAAAUAAAUUAAAACAGAACAGAAAGAUCCUAAAUGCUACACAUAAUAUGUAUGCAUAUAGAAUAGAAAGAAAAACUGCUAAAGGUACGAAUGUACUUCAAGACUGUGAUGAUGACGGGGAAGCUCACGCCGGAGGUAGAAUGUUGCAUCUACUGCAAGUUUUGAAUCAGAAAAACACACUUGUUGUUGUGUCGAGAUGGUAUGGAGGAGUACAAUUAGGGCCGGACAGAUUCCGUCACAUAAACAAUGCAAGCCGACAAGUCAUUCAGCAAGCUGGACUAUUGAAGAAAUGACUUUGACAUUAUAAUAUUAGUUUAAUAUUGUACAUAGGAUACUGUUUUAUUUUAAAAUUAAAUGUGAUUUUUUGUGUAC